CCCCUUUCCCGCCGCGUCACUUCCAACAUGGCGGCGCCCGUUGCCGUGCUCGCUGCGGAGGAAAGCAGCAGCGAAACAGCGCAGAUUCUGUCAGAAUCAACCCCCGGAGAGUGUAAGAGGCCUCAGUUCGGGACACGUUUCCUCACAGACCCGCGGCAGGUGUUUCAGCACAACGCAUGGGACAACGUGGAGUGGAGUGAGGAACAGGAAGCCUCUGCGAAGAGGAAAGUGUCAGAAAACAACCAGCCGCUACCUCAGGAGAAACAAGAGGAAUAUGACAGCCGGGCAAAUGAGUUCUGGAAUGGUUUUUACACCAUCCACGAGAAUCGUUUCUUCAAGGACCGUCACUGGCUGUUCACAGAGUUCCCAGAGUUGGCCCCCCAGUGUAGCCUCGACAAUGAAUCCCACCUUGAGGUCUCUGACUCGGAUCACAGCCAACAGGAGCGUCUGCAACGAGAACACAGGAGUGAAGUUCCAAGUUUGUCUCACACCGACGGAGACAUCCCAGGGUCGUUGGCCACGUAUCGCAUUCUGGAGGUCGGCUGCGGUGUGGGCAAUACCGUUUUUCCAAUACUGAAGACAAACAACGACUCGGGGCUCUUUGUUUACUGCUGUGAUUUCUCCAGCACGGCUGUUGAGCUAGUGAAGACUAAUCCAGAGUACGACCCCGGGCGCUGCUUCGCCUUUGUUCACGACUUGAGUGACGUGGAAGCCGAUUACCCCGUCCCUGAGGGAACCCUUGACGUUAUAGUGCUAAUCUUUGUGUUAUCAGCGUUGCAUCCCGACAAGAUGCAGGCAUCCAUCAGUAGAUUAGCGCGCCUGCUGAAGCCCGGGGGAGUGAUGCUGCUCAGGGACUACGGACGCUACGAUAUGGCACAGCUUCGCUUCAAGAAAGGAAGGUGUCUUUCCGAAAACUUUUAUGUCCGAGGUGAUGGAACGAGGGUGUAUUUCUUCACUCAAGACGAGGUACACGAGAUGUUCACUGAGGCUGGGCUUGAGAAAAUGCAGAACCUUGUGGACAGACGGCUGCAGGUGAAUAGAGGCAAGCAGCUCACCAUGUACAGAGUGUGGAUCCAGUGCAAGUACCGAAAGGCUCCAGCUCAGCCACUCGGAUCCGACGGCCAAGUCCGGGGAAAAGAUCCGCCCAGCUCGACCAUCGCCUGAACUACAAUGGAAACUAGGAGCUCAAAACGAGGCGGUUCUGACCUUUUUCUGUGGACGCAUGGAAUUGAGAAGCUCUAUUGUGAAUUCUAAUAAUUGUAAUAAAGGGGAUGCAACUAGUUGUAAAAUGCUGUGAAGGCCUUACAGUCUCUCCGCUGCCAUAAUGUUGAUGGACUUUUUUUUUUAUGGCUCAGUGUUCCUGAUGGAGCAGCAAUACUGCCUAUAAGAAUGAUCAUUUCUCAUUGUGUGCCGAUAUGUUCAAUAAUCUCGUAAAGGGCUGGUUACCCUUGUUUGGAUGUUUCUAAUCUGCCAGAUGCUGCCUUUUAACCACCUGGUGUUGGAAAUUAAUGAAUGAAUUGCAUUUUUUUUUAAGGAAUAACUCCACCUAUUUCUACAAAAAUCAUUAAAGAUAUACAUCUGUUUUGUUUAACAAU